CAUGCGCAUAUGGACUUUCCAGUAGAAAUUUGUUGAUUUUAUUGUUCGGUACACUAGUCUAUCGUUCGCCGGGAGUUAUCACUGACCAAACUGUCAAUUCGGUUAAAUAUCGAAUAUUCGUGUGUAUUUAUAUUUCACCAUGUUGGACCUACCGUUCCUCUUCAAACAGGAAAUCAAAAUGGAAUAUUUUGAUGACUCCUUGGCCAUGAAUAAUAACAACAACAUCAACACGAACAAUAAUAACAACAAUAGUAGCAACAAUAAUCUCCUGAACAGCUCGCAGCAAACGACGAAAAUCGAGCAAGAACAACCCGAUAGCGAUACCAUAAAAAUGUUCGUCGGUCAAGUGCCGCGUUCGAUGGACGAGAACGAUUUGCGAAGCAUGUUCGAGGAGUACGGAAGAGUACAUUCAAUCAAUGUUCUGAGGGAUAAGGCGACAGGAGCAAGUAAAGGAUGCUGUUUCGUAACGUUCUUCACCAGGAAGGCUGCGCUACAGGCCCAAAAUGCUCUACACAAUUUGAAGACUCUAAAUGGGAAAUCAUGAGAAGAUGUUCAUGAA